AUGUCACCUCUCUCUGUUCCCAAAAUCUUCAUGGCCGGCGGUGCCGUCGGUUUCGGCUACUACCUCUUCAUGCGCCAAUACUGGUUCCCCAACCCAUACAAGACACAGGGCGUCCAAAACAUUGAGGACCGUUUCUCAUCCGGCGGAGGCCACCCUACGCACACACCUGCUGGAGGCACCCAGCGUGGUACGAGUAAUGAGAUCCCCAGACUUAAAACCCUGGAAGUACAGAGAACGGAGUUUGCUGACUUUUAUUUUGUAGGCUCUGCGACCAACAACGAGGGAAGGCACGAGGGUCCAAACAGGGGUCCGGACUCAGAGCACUUCAAGAAGAACAUUAACGAACAGCAGAGUGAGCCUGUCUGGCCGGACAAAUUCUACGAGGUACAAUACAACAACCGCAAGGGCAAAUAA